UUUAAGCUUCAGAUGAAAUUGAUCUAUAAAACAAUAUAUAUACCCAAGACUUGUACAUAUGAUGAGUUGAAUACAGUCCACUGAACACAAGAAAUUAAACAAAAAUGCCGUCUAGAAAUACCAUGGUUCACCUCACCACUUAUAUUCUAGUGAUUUUCUGUUUUACAGCAACAGUUUUAUCAGCAGAAACUAAGCUGCAGGUUGAAGCAGAAGCAUUAAAGGCGUUGAAGAAUUCGAUCACCAACGACCCUCUUGGUUAUCUCUCCGGAUGGAAUAGUAGCAUCAGCCAUCACUGCAACUGGACUGGUAUCUCAUGUGACCUUUCCACAAGCAGUGUGAUUGCAAUAUCAUUGACAGAGAAGCAGCUCGAGGGGAAAAUCUCAACUUGUGUUGGUAACUUAUCCAAACUUCAGGUUCUUGAUCUGACAUCUAAUGCUUUUUUUGGUCAUAUUCCUGCUCAACUUGGGAACUGUUUUCAGCUAAUAGAGCUUACCCUCUUUGACAAUUCUUUUUCUGGCACCAUUCCUCCUCAACUAGGCAACCUUCAGAACUUGCAAUCAUUAGACUUAGGAAACAACUUACUCAAUGGAAGUAUACCUGAUACCAUCACUAACUGUAUAGCUUUAGUUGCACUUGGACUCAACUCCAACAAAUUCACUGGUAAUAUUCCAUCCAACAUAGGAAAGAUUGAAUCUUUACGAGUUUUUAUUGGUUAUAGCAACAGCUUUGAAGGUCCCCUUCCUAAUUCCGUAGGAAAGCUGACCGCAUUGCGUGUUUUAGACCUGAGUCAAAACCAACUAUCAGGUGAAAUUCCUUCUUGGAUAGGGAACUUGAAAAGUUUGGAAACACUUCAGCUUUUUGAGAACUCAUUUUUUGGAGAAAUCCCACCUGAAAUUGGGCAGUGCAAGAACCUUACCCUUCUCAACAUGUAUAGCAACAAAUUUGUGGGAAGAAUCCCUCCUGAGUUUGGGAAUUUACUCAACCUGCAAAUGUUAAGGUUGUACAAAAAUAAGCUGACUUCAGUAAUACCAAAAUCUUUGUUCAAUUGUAAGGCAUUAACACAUUUGGAGAUAUCAAUGAAUGAGUUAAGUGGACAAAUACCUUCUACAAUCGGAUCAUUACUGUCAUUAGAGAUGUUGAUGCUGCACUCAAAUAAUUUCACUGGUUCAAUUCCAUCUUCUUUGACCAACCUGAUAAACCUGACUUAUUUCUCAGCAAGUUUCAAUUUCCUAACAGGGGAAAUACCAUCUGAUAUUGGGAAGCUUUAUAACUUGAAGAACCUUACCUUGAAUCAAAACCUACUAAGCGGCCCACUUCCUUCUAGUAUAACCAAUUGUACACAACUUCUUGUGGCAAGCCUUAGUUUCAAUAAGUUAACUGGUGAACUCCCACAUGGUUUAGGGAAGUUAUCUAACAUGACAUUCUUUUCCGUAGGAAACAAUGCCAUGUUUGGGAACAUACCAGAUGAUAUCUUUGACUGCAAUAAUCUUGAAACUCUUGAUUUGGGUAGAAACAACUUUAGUGGACCACUGAAGCCAAGUAUCGGAAAAAUGAGUAGUCUUAGAAGGUUACAACUUCAUUUGAAUUCAUUUACAGGCCAGAUUCCACCAGAAAUUGGUAAUAUUAGCAGAUUAUUUACAAUUCAAAUAGGUGGAAACAGAUUGUCAGGCCGAGUUCCACAUGAAAUCUCCAAGCUCUCUCUCCUCCAAGAUCUAGCCUUGCAGGACAAUGCACUAGAUGGUGAGAUUCCAGAGGAGUUGUUCCAACUCAAACAGCUUACUAUUCUUGAGUUGCAGAACAACCAGUUAAGUGGUCGAUUUACAGAUUCUCUCUCAAAACUCGAGCUUCUUUCAACCUUAAACCUAGGAGGAAACAAAUUUCAUGGCCCCAUCCCAACCAGCAUGGCUAAACUUAGACGUCUGACAAUGUUGGAUCUCUCCAACAACAAUCUCAACGGGUCAGUUCCAGGACUAGUUUUUGCAAGCAUCAAGGGAUUGCAAACUUACCUCAACUUAUCACACAAUUCACUGUCUGAAUCAAUUCCUGAAGAAAUUGGUACGUUAGAAAUGGUACAGUCCAUCGACAUGUCACAUAAUAAUUUCUCUGGACCAGUUCCAGUAACACUCAAAGGCUGCAGAAACCUGUUAAACCUCGAUUUAUCAGUAAAUGAGCUUUCUGAUCGUCUCCAAGAUGGAACAUUUGAUGAUACAAAUCCUCUUACAAGCAUAAACCUGUCAAGGAACCAGCUCAAUGGUCCGAUUCCAGCAAGUUUGGCAAAGCUGACACAGCUGAAUUCACUUGACCUUUCACAAAACCAAUUACAUGGAGUGAUCCCAGAAAAUCUCAAUGACCUUAAAAAUUUAAAAUUUCUUAAUCUCUCCAACAAUCAGCUUGAAGGUCCUAUCCCUCAAUAUGGUGUACUCCGAAACUUCCCUGGAUCAUGUUUUGCAGGAAACAAAGGGCUCUGUGGAACCAAACUGCUUGGCUCUUGCACCAAGAAGAGAUUCUCCAGUUCUUUGCACAAGAAAACGCUAUUGAUUUUGAUACCCCUAUUGUGUGCAUCAGUUUUAUUAUUCAUUGUCCUUGUCACCCUAUUUUAUAAGCAGAAACAGCGCACUAAAAAGAGAAGUAUUAAAGAAAUUGAGACGGUUGAUGUAGAUAAUGCAGGAUCUUUAACAAUCAAGAGAUUCAAUUCAAGGGAUAUUGAAAUUGCUACUGAUUACUUCAGUGAAAGCCGUGUUCUAGGUAGCAGCAGUUUAAGCACUGUUUACCAGGGAAAAUUGGAAGAUGGGAAAAUAGUGGCUAUAAAGAAGUUAAAUUUGGUAGAGUUUGCAGCAGAAUCUAACAAGUGUUUUUACAGAGAAGCCAAAAUCUUGAGCCAGCUAAGACACAGACACUUGGUUAAGGUGAUUGGCUAUGCUUGGGAAAGCAGAAAGUUGAAGGCAUUAGUUCUAGAAUACAUGGAGAAUGGGAACUUAGAACAGAUAAUCCAUGAUCCUUCAGCAGAUGUCUCAAAAUGGACGUUAUCAAAGAGAAUUGAAGUUUGUAUCUCGAUUGCUAAAGGGUUGGCUUACUUGCAUUCAGGAUACGACUUUCCCAUAAUUCACUGUGACUUGAAGCCUUCAAAUAUUCUGUUGGAUGGAGAUUGGGAAGCCCAUGUCAGUGACUUUGGAAAUUCUCGGAUACUGGGUGUCCAUCUUCCAUGUGAUAGUAACAGUACCACUGCAUCAGCAUUUAAAGGAACAAUUGGCUACAUGGCACCAGAAUUUGCAUAUAUGAGGACUCUGACGACCAAAGUAGAUACAUACAGUUUUGGAAUUGUAAUCAUGGAGUUAUUCAUGAAACAAAGGCCAACAGGUCUUAAAGAUGAGGGGGGAUUACCACUAACCUUGCGCCAUCUGGUAGAGAGGGCAAUGGCUGAAGAGAAGCCACUUCAAGUUAUUGACCCUGAUUUAACUUCAAGUAUCACAAGAAAUGAAGAAGACAUUGUCACAGAAAUUCUUAAUCUAGCAUUGUCCUGCACCUCCUUAUCUCCUGAAAAACGACCUGACAUGAACUUGGUGCUGUCAAACCUUAUAAAACUAGAAACCGCUGUUUGGUGUCAAAACAAUGACAGUAAUUCAUUCAAGUAGAUUGUAGCCUCAGGAACAUCAUGUAAGAAGCUCCUGUCGAUGGUGAUUUUCCAUCUAAUAUUUUCACUUUCUUGGCA